AAGCCGUCAUUCCGGUAGAACGGUAUAUGGAGGCGUCACUGGAUAUUCGUCGACUUCUUCACUCCAGCGAGUCCUUUUAGAAGCGAGGUUACGCGCGGACGGCUUGAAGGAAGGUCGGGAUCCGAGCUGUAGCCGGUAAGCUGCUAAGGGCUUCCUGACCAAUAUAAGAGAAGCGCCGUGCGAGCGACAGAUUUCAGAGAGUCUGUUGCAGCCUCAUUUCCUGGGCGGAGAGCACCAGUGAAGCAACAGCAACCCUAAAGGAGAGCGAGAGAGUGAGCUCGAGUGGGAUAAAGAAGUUACUGGAACGUAAAGCGCUCACAAAUCAUAUUGUCACCAGCAAGCUCCGACAAGCGAGGAGAGGGAGUGUGCUACAAGAGAGAGAGAGCCCAUAAAAACAGGGCUGCGUGAGAGAGAAGGAGGGUCUGAGGGACUUUUCUCUUUUUUUUUUUAACUCGAGACUGAGGUCAAAAGGCAUAAAAGUGGACAAACUGAAAAGAACAAAGGCGAGACCGGGAAGGGAAAAAGGACAUUGGCUGUCACUGCCUGGCUACUCGUGGACGCUCCGGUCGUUUGGCUCUUUUUGUUUACUCCAUCUGUCACUCGAGACUCGUGGGUUGGAUGUGGUUAGUUAGAUUUUUCCUGACACAUCACCGGAGCCGAAACGUCAGGGUAUUUUCCAAGAGGAUCUGUUUUCCUUUCAAUUCCUCUCAGUGAAAUGUGUGUGUUUCGGGGUGGGGGGCGACAGUGUGAUCUUUGGGAGAAGCUUGUUUGAGGAGAAAAUGAGGCUGUAGCCCUUAAAAAAACCUCACUGUUCUUUACUUUGACUGAUCUCUGGCGGAGCCUGUGCUCUAUUCAAACCAGACUGAACUUCUUUCCCGUGUCUAGAUGCUCUACAGAGCCCGUUUUCUAACGCAUGUUAAAUGAAGAACUCUGCAAGUCACAGUUACCGCUAUCUGAUGUUAUCUGAAUGCUUCCGGAAAAUCCGUCUGUCCAGCAGAGGAAACCUAAUGUUGUAAAAGCAAACUUUUGAGGAAAUCUGAGCUGGACACGUCCCUUUGUCUUGUUACGAUUGCGGGAUGCAGCCUGGAUGGGGUUGUCUGGUUUAGUCCAAUAGUUAGCGGGGCUUCUUUAGUGGUUUUCGCGUGAGAUGACAAAACAUCGACUGAAGCGUCCGGAGAAUCUCAGAGGGGCGGAAAGCUGUGAGUAGUUAGUGAGCAAACACGCUUACAGACGUGUCAUUGUAUCUGGACCUCUGCGUGUUUUCACAGCGAGACCAGAGGAGAGAAAAAGUCGGUCCAGACGCAUGGACUCGAACAAGCAUUUCUGUGUGCGACUGCCAGCCGUGUGCCGGCGUUAAACUUGUGCCACGAGGAGAAAAUACGUGGGAAUUUUUGAUGCUCGGGCGCGUAUGUAAAGUGCGUGUCAUUGCCUGGCCUUUAAGCUUGUUCAUGUGGGAGAACUGUUGUUAUAUUUGGCCAAACUGCACCUGGAUGGACCUCUGAAGCAGGUGAGGCAUCAGGAAUUUCCCUUAUUAGAUAUCAGCUGUUCUGUUGGCUGCAUUAUUCAAGGUGCUUUCCAGAAUCAUAAUCGGGUAGCAUCACCUCCGUUAUAACAAGACAACCGGGUCCAUUUGAUCCAAACGCUCUGCAUCAAUCACAGACACUCGUUCUCGACCUAAAGACAGAUUUGGCACCAUGAGGGUGGUUUGCUUGGUACUGACGGCCCUGUGCAUGGUGGCCAGAACAGGAGGUAUGUCCACGUGCAAAACUCUGGACCUGGAGUUGGUGAAGAAGAAACGGAUAGAGGCUAUCCGCGGUCAGAUCCUCAGUAAACUGCGCAUGGCUAAAGAGCCCGAAUCGGAGGUGGACGACGACGUGCAGAAGAUCCCAGAUACCAUGAUUUCUCUGUACAACAGCACUGUGGAGCUGAGCGAAGAAAUGAAGCUGAAGCCCGUUUCUGUGCAGGCAGAAGAUGAAGAUUACUUCGGCAAGGAGGUGCACAAGUUCGUCAUCCGGCAAGCUCAGAACGGCACCAAGCAUCAGAUGACUUUUAACGUGUCGCAGAUGAAGCAGAGCAUUCCGGACCACCAGCUGCUGUCUCAAGCCGAGCUGCGGCUUCGGAUUAAGAGUCCCACAAUGGACCAGGAGCAGAGGCUGGAGCUGUACCGCGGGACGGGCGAUCAGGCUCGAUACCUGGGCACUCGCUUCGUCUCCAAGGACUUGUCCAAUCGCUGGCUCUCGUUCGACGUGAAACAGACGAUGAUAGAAUGGCUGCAGGGUUCGGAAGAGGAAGAAAGUUUAGAGCUGAGGUUAUACUGUGGCUGUAAAACGAACCAGCAGAGCGCUGAUAAGUUCCUCUUCAGUAUAUCAGGACUAGACAAGCAAAGAGGUGACACUGCUGGUCUGUCGGAGAUGAUGGUGAAGCCUUAUAUUCUGGCUUUAUCUUUGCCUUCUAAUGGCAACUCCCUUGCAUCCACUCGCAGAAAACGAGCCGUAGGCACCGAUGAAACGUGUGAUGAAAAAACCGAGACGUGCUGUAUGCGGGAGCUUUACAUCGACUUUCGGAGAGAUUUGGGUUGGAAGUGGAUCCACAAGCCGAAGGGAUACUUUGCCAAUUACUGCAUGGGCUCCUGCACCUACAUCUGGAACGCUGAGAACAAAUACUCUCAGAUAUUAGCCUUGUACAAACACCACAACCCCGGGGCAUCUGCUCAGCCGUGCUGCGCGCCUGCAGUCCUCGACCCUCUGCCCAUUCUGUACUAUGUGGGAAGACAACACAAGGUGGAGCAGUUGUCCAACAUGGUGGUGAGGAGCUGCAAGUGCAGUUAGAGUUCGUCACCUUACGUUUCCUUCAGAAGUGCUCCGUGGCUUUAUCUCUCUCCGGACGAUACGCAAGCAAACGCAAAGAGAGAUAAACGUAAAGUCUCAGUCGGAAGGAAAAUCGGGAGCUGAGACAACCGACAUGACAGGAGCAAGGAGAAAGGACAGUCGGAAAAGCGAAAGAAAAAGAGGGCAAUCAGACUUUUUUAGCAAUGCCCCUCUACAAAGGCAUUUCGUUAAAGCAUUUCAUACAACAAGCUGAAUAUUAAACCAAGUAUAUGCUUCGUUAUCUUUUUUUAAAUGUUAUUUACAUUAUUAAUUCUCGUUAAUUUAUUGCGCCUUCUAAGUUCAUCGUUUGAUACCGUGAAGGCAGCCGCGUAGCAAUGCAUGCCAAAUGUACAAUGAAGAUUUCUAAUGGUGCUGAUAAAGGAAAUCGUGUCAGAGAAACUUUUCAAAUUUCAAUCCAAAGUAAACACAUGAAAAGGACGUGUUUGCACUAAACGAUGCAAGUGAAGGCUCAAGACGUAGAGUAUGAGGAUUACAAGAAAGCUGAUUGGAGUUUUUAUUUUAUUUUAAUGUGCACAGCAGGUUUCAUCGUCGUGCUCGGAAGCCUGUUUCUGAGUGGAACACUAGAGGGAUAGAACCGAAUGGUGAACGUUUCGUAUUGCACACUACCGAGGUCUGCCUCUUCGGGUCGUCCUGCAGUCGGGGUUUGUUAGUUCUCAAACGCAUCUACAGCUUCGCUAAAGAAAUGCAUCGGUCAGUUUCAGCAGAGCAUGUCUGGGACACAUUUCACACAUUUUACGAAAUAAAAUCAUUUCACACGAAGAAGGUGAAUCUUAUUUUUAGGACCAUUAAGAUUGUUUGCAUUGCGCGAUUUGUAAUGCGUCUAUCUGUUCUGUUCAUUCAUUAUUGUUUUACAGCAAAGCGAAAAGCGGUACAACAUGUAAAUACUUACGUUAAAUUAUUAAAUUGAGGAAUAACAGGAACGUGCUCAAACAAAGGAUGUGCUUCUAAAAACAGGCUUGAUUUUCUGCUGGUUUUGAGGUGAAAUUUCAGCCAUGUUUGUGUAAGUGAUGUGAGUCCGUGUGUUUGUGUGUUUGUGUGGUGUUCAGCUGUGUUGGCCUCGUACUGACAUCUGUAUGAGGAACAUUGGUGUGUAUAUUUAUAUAUGCUCUGUUUGACGUCGGCGGUGUUGAGUGAUGAGAUAUGUGUGUUACUUCAAAACAGCACGGCUGAAAAUACUCUGCAGUGUCUUCACUGAAAUAUACUGGCUGGUCACUGUACUAGUUACUAGUUACGGUACUUUGCUUUUAGUCAUACUUUAACUUUUUUAAACCGCAAGCGUUUCGCAUUUCUGCAGAAUUCCUUCGACAUUUUACAUUCGCGCUGUGUUUUAUUGUAUAACUACAUUUCCUUUUUUUGCACUUAUUUUAUGCCAUUGUGACACAUGAAUUGUUUCAAUAAACAUCAUUUACAAUUCA